AACAUUGUCACAAAAGGGACUGUUGGCGUAUUUAGAACAAUAGUGCUCAUAGUCGUUACGGCGGCUCGUCACGGCCUAGAGCGUAAUCACUGUACGAUCUAAUUUUUAUUGUGUCGAAUGUCCAUCCGAACAUAAUGGUAAACAUCAGUUUUUAUCGUGCUAACCCACUGAGUACAAGUGCUACACAUUCCAAAUAGUGACUAAAAUCAAAACGUAUUUUAACAAAGCUACUUCUACUGUAAAAGCUAAACUUGUAUAGCAUGAUGAAAAGAUUUGUGUUUUUAUGUUUUAUUUUGUUUAAAUAAAAUAGUAAUCAUGAAAGGAGAUAUUGGAUAUAUUUAUUAUUGGUUUAUUGUAUUGUCGUAUGUGGUUGCUCAAGAUCCUAUUGCCAAUUUACCGCAAGGACGAAUAGUCGGGAUGAAAGUUUUUACCGAGAUUUCGUUGACACCAGUUGAAAUAUUUGUCGGAAUUCCAUAUGCUACAGCUCCUAUAGGACGAUACAGAUUUUCCGCUCCAGAGCGGCACGCCGGAUGGAGAGGUACGUUAUUUGCUCGUCGAAUGCCUCCCAAAUGUCCACAAGUGGGAGAUAAUUACAGUGAUUAUAUCAGCGAAGAUUGUCUUUUCUUGAAUAUAUGGACGCCACGGCGUGCAGAUGGGGGUUCUCUACCGGUUGCCGUGGUCCUGUACAGUGAAUCUUGGGAGAAAGGAGGGAUAACCCUGCCUUGCCAAGAACUAGCGGCUGAAGGAGUUGUGGUUGUCACUGUGGCUUAUCGGUUGCAUCUGCUCGCUUUCUUCACGCUGAAGUCUAUUGCUGCCCGUGGUAACCUCGCUCUACUCGACCAAUAUCUGGCUCUGUUGUGGGUACGUGACAACAUCGCUGCGUUCGGUGGAGAUCCCACACUGAUAACCAUAAUGGGACAUUCAGCCGGCGCCGACAGUGUGCUAUACCAUAUGUCCUCUCCUCGGUCCAUAGGUCUGUUCCAAAGAGCAAUAGUCAUGUCCCCACGGAAUAUUUGGAAAACAAUUGACAAAGAAUUGGAUGUAAAUUCAACUGCAACAGAAAGAUUAUCUUUAGAAAUGGCUCGCUCGUUAGGAUGCGCAAGUGAUGUGGACCAGGAGAUUUUACAGUGCAUGCGGACUAGGCCUCUAGCGGAUAUUAUGGCCUUGUACUCGAAGGUCAAUUGGAGUAACGUCAUGCAACCGAUAUCGGAUAACUUUUUGCCAACCGGUGAACAGUAUUUGCCAACUCCAUUGUCAGUCGCAUUGUCAGCAGUAAAACAGCCUAUGCAACUUGACCUACUUCUUGGGACCACAGACUUAGAAAUCAUAAAUAGUAAUGAUGUAGAUUACACGGAGUUGAUGAAACAAGGCGCAUCUUACAUAUCAGAAUAUGCAAACACAAAAGUGAUACCUGACAUUUUACAAAUGUUUUCUUUGCAGCAGUCGGAAGCUUUGCCACUGCUACAGCAAGCCAUUCGAUGGGAGUUUUGGGGUGGAAAGACACGGGGUAAUGCUGAUAGAGAGUCUUUGGACUCUGUGGAGGCGCUCGCUCGGAUGGAGACGUCAGCGGGGUGGGGCGCGGGCGGCGCUCUGCUGGCGGCGCGCCUGGCUCGCCGCGUGGCGCGCCUCUACGUGUACCGGUACUUGCAGCCAGGGGCCGAUCUACAGGGACACCGGCACAAUUUUACGGGGGCAGUACAUGGAACCGAUUUGGUAGCGCUGCUAGGAGAUGCUUUCAUGCUUCAAGUGACGCGACGCCAUGCCAAUCCUGAUGAAAAGCGAGUAUCUGCGCUAUUCCGGAGAUACAUAGCAAACUUCGUUAAAUAUGGGGCCCCUGCGCCGGAAGAAGAGUGGCAACGAUACAAAGUGGGCGACGCUCACGUACACGAUAUCGCCGGAGACAACCUCGAGACCCGCUGUGGGAGCCGGGGCGCCACCUUCUGGCUGCAGUACUUGCCGCAACUGGCCACCGUCUUGUCUACGUCCAGUCGCACUGAACAACUUACUUCGGAAAAUGACGGGUCUCGGCUGCGUGGUGGUGUGUUUGCGAUGGUCGGCGUGUCCGCCGCGCUACUGAUGUUACUACUUGCGUGUGCAGUGCUCUUGCACAGAGAACGAUCCCAACGCAAUUCCAUGGCUGCACUUAGUUAG